CCGCGAUGACAGCUGCGUAGACGGAGAGUGACCCAGAAGGAAAGCAGGGGAAUAGAAAGAGGAGGCCCCUGGCAAGACAGCGGCACCCCAAGCCACCCACCAUGACGCUGGGCUUGGAGCAGGCGGAGGAGCAGCGUCUGUACCAGCAGACGCUCCUGCAGGACGGGCUCAAGGACAUGCUGGACCACGGCAAGUUCCUCGACUGUGUGGUGCGGGUGGGUGAGCGCGAGUUCCCGUGCCACCGCCUGGUGCUGGCCGCCUGCAGCCCCUACUUCCGGGCGCGCUUUCUGGCCGAGCCUGAGCGCGCGGGCGAGCUGCGCCUGGAGGAGGUGUCCCCGGACGUGGUGGCGCAGGUGCUGCACUACUUGUACACGUCGGAGAUCGCGCUGGACGAGGCGAGCGUGCAGGACUUGUUCGCCGCAGCGCACCGCUUCCAGAUCCCGUCCAUCUUCACCAUCUGCGUGUCCUUCCUACAGAAGCGCCUGUGUCUCGCCAACUGCCUGGCCGUCUUCCGCCUCGGCCUCCUGCUCGACUGCGCGCGCCUGGCCGUGGCCGCCCGCGACUUCAUCUGCGCGCGCUUCUCGCUCGUGGCGCGCGACGCCGACUUCCUCGGGCUCUCGGCCGACGAGCUCAUCGCCAUCAUCUCCAGUGACGGCCUCAACGUGGAGAAGGAGGAGGCCGUGUUCGAGGCGGUGAUGCGGUGGGCGGGCAGCGGCGACGCCAAGGCGCAGGAGGAGCGCCAGCGCGCGCUGCCCACCGUCUUCGAGAGCGUGCGCUGCCGCCUGCUGCCGCCGGCCUUCCUGGAGAGCCGCGUGGAGAAGCACCCUCUCGUGCGCGCCCAGCCCGAGCUGCUGCGCAAGGUGCAGAUGGUGAAGGACGCGCACGAGGGCCGCCUCACCGUGCUGCGCAAGAAGAAGAAGGACAAGGGGAAGGAGGCAGCCGGCGCCAAGGCUGCUGACAAGGGCACGGGCGAAGCCAAGGCAGGGGACGACGAGGAGGAGGCUGAACGCAUCAUCCCCGGGAUCCUCAAUGACACUCUGCGCUUUGGCAUGUUCCUGCAGGACCUCAUCUUCAUGCUCAGUGAGGAGGGGGCCGUGGCCUAUGACCCAGCGGCCAACGAGUGCUACUGUGCCUCGCUCUCCACCCAGAUCCCUAAGAACCACGUCAGCCUCGUGACCAAGGAGAACCAGGUCUUUGUGGCUGGGGGCCUCUUCUACAACGAGGACAACAAAGAGGACCCCAUGAGUGCUUACUUCUUGCAGUUUGACCACCUGGACUCCGAGUGGCUGGGGAUGCCGCCGCUGCCCUCGCCGCGCUGCCUCUUCGGCCUGGGAGAGGCUCUCAACUCCAUCUACGUGGUCGGAGGCCGAGAGCUCAAGGACGGCGAGCGCAGCCUAGACUCGGUCAUGUGCUACGACCGGCAGUCGUUCAAAUGGGGCGAAUCGGAUCCGCUGCCUUAUGCCGUGUACGGCCACGCGGUGCUCUCCCACAUGGACCUGGUCUACGUCCUUGGCGGCAAAGGCAGCGACAGAAAGUGCCUGAAGAAGCUGUGUGUCUACGACCCUAAGAAGUUCGAGUGGACCGAGCUGGCCCCCAUGCAGACUGCGCGCUCCCUCUUCGGGGCCACCAUCCACGAUGGCCGCAUUUUUGUAGCCGCCGGGGUCACAGACACGGGGCUGACCAGUUCAGCUGAAGUGUACAGCAUCGCGGACAACAAGUGGGCACCCUUGGAGGCCUUCCCACAGGAACGCAGCUCCCUCAGCCUGGUCAGCCUGGCGGGCACCCUGUAUGCCAUCGGUGGCUUUGCCACGCUGGAGACCGAGUCUGGAGAGUUGGUCCCCACAGAGCUCAACGACAUCUGGAGAUAUAAUGAGGACGAGAAGAAGUGGGAAGGCGUCCUGAGGGAGAUAGCCUACGCAGCCGGCGCCACCUUCCUACCCGUGCGGCUCAACGUGCUGCGCCUGACCAAGAUGUGACCAGCCCCGAGGGCCUGAACUAAGUACCGCCCCCCCGCACCCUGCAGCCACACAGGCCUGGACUUUUGAGGGCUCCGGAGAGGAGGCUGGGAGAAGCCCAAGCCCACCUGGGUCCCGUUGUGCCAUCUGGGGUGCUCUUCAUCAGGGGAGGGAAAUCGCUGCCCAGUCCUAGCCUUUCCGGCAGGGACCAGGACCUUAGGGCUCUCCGGUGUCCCCAUAUCCCCGGUCUUCUUGUUCCAUGAGCCAGAACCACAGGGAGGUUGCAUUCGGGGCCAGUCCCAGCCCACCUGUGUGCAGGUGGGUGUACCCACAGGACUCCAUCUCCUCGCCUGUCAUUUGGAGAGUGUCCCUUUCAAGCACACUCUGCAGCCUGGGUAAGUCACCUUCCUUAAGAGGAAUAAAGUGCCUUCUGAGCAAGUAGCUCAGGGUCUG